CGCACCAAUCAUUCAUUGUUCGUCUUCAUCACCACUCUUAGAGACGUAGGCUUCAACAACGGCAACAUACUUUAAUUCGAUGUUGAGGAGCAACCAACUGAACGAUCCACAAGUCGAAAUUCCCCUAUUUCGAACGGAGGAAGGCCGUUACCUGGCGACAUCGCUCGGUGACCCACUGAUCAAAGGUCUUACUGAAGUGGCCAACAAACGCCCUGCAGAUCCGAUUACCUAUCUGGCUACCUAUUUGUACAACUUUGCCAACCAGAACCGAAUCAAAACCAGUGCCAGUAGUCAAACGAUAGCCGAACCGGCAAAAAACGACUCCAACAACAAUAGUAUCGAGGGCGUGAUCAAAGAGGACUCUGACAAAGAACUAGAAGGAUCGUCUAACACAGUUCAAAUCGUCCAGACUGUACAAGCCGCCGCUUCGAACAUCGACACGCGGAUCGUACAAUCACCGAUGGCCGAACGAGCAGAGGAACCGGCUCCACCUUCCCCGGAAUCCGCGGAAAGUUCAUCACCGAUAGACAAUAGGGACGAACAUGGACAAAGCAUGCUGCAUUUUGCAUGUGCAAGAUCUCACGGGAAGAAUGCCAUCAUCCAACUGAUUGAAGAAUCCGGGACCAGUAUCACCUAUCGCGACGAGUUGUACCGUACGGCUAGAGACGUUUCGUUACAGGCCACGCAGCCAGAAAACGCUCGAGAAAUCGAUCGCUACGUUAUGGGGUUGGCAGCACGCGGUGAUUUGGAAGCGUUAAACGGAAUGCUGCUGGACGGGUACGACCACAUUGUCGAUGUCACUGGUACCGACGGAACGACCAUUGUACAAGUUGCAUCGACCCGGGGUCAUCGAGAACUGGUUCGGUUCUUAGAAGGAGUCAGGCAGUUUGAGGAAAAUCGUGAAAAAUUGCUGAGUGCCAUCCGAGAUAAGGAUAUGCAAAAGGUGAAAGAAAUUACUCAACAACCGGAUGGAGCAAAGCUGGCACGAACCAAAAACUAUUACGGACGCUGCUCAUUGCACGUGGCGGUAUUGAUGGAAAAUGAGGAAAUCGUUGAAUACUUGGCAACUAAUUUCAGACCAACUCUAAAAGUUGGUGACAAUCUGGAGCGUACACCUCUCCACUACGCGAUGGGAAUAAGCAACGUAGAAGCAAUCAGUCGUAUUCUGAUAAAGAAUGGAUCGAAACGAGUCUCGAAGGAUCUAAAGGGGCGACAGGCGAGUUACUAUUUCAUGAACAAGGCCGACAUUUUACGUUUGCAAGAAGAAGAAAAAGAAUGAACAAUCUAGAGAACAAGGGACCAUGAUAUUAAGAAUUGUUGGAAAAUGGUAAUUUAAUCUUGUUAGCUGUUUAUUGUUAGUACAGUUUUGUAUUUGAUAUAGUAAAUAAUUUUGAAAAGAGCAA